GUGACCGAGUGACACAUGUCAUUGUGAGAAUCUGUAAAAAUGGAAAGACGUGAACAUCGGAUGUGCGGUCGAGCAGAGGCCAAAGGGGGAUGAACUCUGGUUUUUGCUGUAAAUUCACGAUUGUACAAUUACAAACAAAAACAUGGACAAUUUGACGGACGCGCAUUGGUUUCCUUUAACAUCGCAAGGGAAUAUUUAUUCCAUGACAAAGUUAUGUUCGGCUAUUGGUUCGGAUAAAAUAUUAGUCGCAUCUUUGAAAAGGAAAAUUUACUCUUGCGAGUAUAACCGUACACCGAAAUAUCGUCACUUGAGACCUUUGGUCAAAGAACUACUCUUCACCUACAUUCCCAAUGGGGCAGAGAUUAUCUCCAUAGACGCUUACAACAAAUCUGAAAAAGGAGACGAGUUUGUAAUUGGAAUUACAAUAAUGAAGACUAGUAAUGACGCUACGGUUGAGAGAUAUUUAAAUAUUUACACGGAAGGCGAGGGUGAUGGAGAAUGCGAUGAGAAUAGCACCAUAGAAACUGUGGCACAGAAUUGUCUCAUGGUUGAACUGUCUUACACCCCUUAUCAUCUGUAUCACACGACUAUGCCCAGUGGCAGACAUUCUGUACGAGAGGUGGUCUGGUUAUUGUCAGGGAGUGACUACAAUAUCCACAUGAUUAGAGAAGACGAGGGAAGUCACGAUUACGCUGAAUCCUCUCUUGAAAAACAUUUUCCUGAAUUACAAAAUUUAGAAGCUAUAGCAACAUGGAUCGACAUAUAUUAUUACAAUAACCAAACAAGAAGAGUAACAGCUGUGGGUUGUGAAUGUGGUUUGGUAAAAGUCAGUUUGGUUGAUGUAGAAAAUAUAAACAUCAUUAAAAACUGGACACUGAGAUAUGACAAACCUGUAUCAAGUGUCCGUAUUUUUUGCAAUGAAAAUGUUGUACCUAAACCUAAAUUUCUGGGAGGAGAUGAAACUGAUACUGACGAGCGACAUGAGGAACCAGCUCUAAACGUUCUCGUCGUUAAUACAGUUCAUGCCUCAGUUGUCUUCAUGGACAUUUUAUACAAUGAUAUGGAAAAGGAUGUUAAAUUAGCUGGUAGCGACUCAUCGGAUUGUGUACUGUGCUCUUGUAUCGCUGACAUAAAUAUGGAUGGCAAAAAUGAAAUUCUACUUGGAACAUAUAAUCAAGAAAUAUUGGUUUAUACGCUUGUCGAUGACGCGUGGGAAUUCAAAGAAAGAAGAUUAUUCGACGCACCUGUACAUUCGAUGGCCUACCUCGACCUCACCGGAGAUGGAAUGAAAGAGCUGGCUGUGCUGACGCAGAGGGGCGUUCAUGUUUUACAGCACGAUCCAGGGGAAGUUGAGAAAACGGUCAUGCAACGUUUUAGGAAAUAUCUCGCCUUAAGAAGUUUAACAUAAUUGUAGCAGCAUAUUUAUUCAAAAUCGCGAAUAAAUGCUCCUUAUUUUACGCCCGACUCGAAUGUAAUAUGCCGUACAAUGUGGUAAGUUACAUGUAUUAUAAUCAUUCUGUAUCAAUAUACAAUUAUGGACAAUCGCAAUGCCACUCUUUGGUUUCCGUACGAUUUGUUAUUAAUAAUUGUUGUAAUUACCGUUGAAUAGACGAAGAAAGUACUUUAUUAAAGUACUUAAAUUAAAUCUACAAUCAUAUAAAUAUUCUUAAUAAUAUAAUUUACUAUAGGUAUGUAAUAUGUAUAAUAGUUAUAAAGUUUGGAUGUUGCGUGGUAUUUUGUUGUUACCUUCACGUGCAUGUACACACUUAUUUUUAUAUGUAUAAAUAUUUAAUACGCAAAUAUCCGCAUGUUACCGCGAAAGCAAGUCUGGACUGAAUAUAUGUUGUUUUAUUUUAUGAUUUAGAAACGCAUUAUUAUAACAAAAAGAGAUUCAACUAUACUCGGCAAACAAUAAUAGAAUUUUCGUUACCCGUUAUAAUUUUGUACCAAACAUUGAUAUCUUAUUUGCAUGAAAUUAGCAAAUCCAAAUAUUCACAAGUAGGAUGUUAAAGAAAUUACUUCCGUACCAACUUAGAAGUACCCGUAAAUUUAUGACGUCA